GAGAUUUCAAACAGUUCAAACAGUCUGGAUCUCCAGUCUCGCGCUCUUUCCACAGGGAGACCAAAACGRGAAAAAACUUGCCUGCGGAGGACUGCAUGCAGUGAGCGUUGUUAAAUUGUCAGCUUGUUUAUAAGCAAUGGGACAAUUUUGUGGCGUUUAAGUCCUUUCAGUAUGGAUGGCAAAUCGAGAUAUGGGACAAACAGAGUCAUUAAAGACAGAAACGUUCUCGAAAGAAGUGAUUCCAAACACAACGAAGAUGGUCCGGAGCCUUGUGUAUCGCCGAACGAUGACGAUUAUCUUCUUCAAAAAGAAAAGCACCUAACAUGCCAUCUUGGUACAAAAUGGAGAAGUGCUGCCCUUGGUGUUUCUUUUACAUCAAUUGUGUUUACACUUAUAAUUGGACUGACUGCUUUUUCAAUAUCAAGCAUUGCAAAAAGCUCUGCAGCUUUUGGGUUUGCGUUUGAUUCCUUGUUGGAUGUCAUUACCACAAUAGUUGUUAUUUGGAGGUUCUUUGGCGAAAAAGGAGAAUUUUACUCAUGGGAAAAGGAAAAAAGGGCUUGCCGAAUGAUUGCCGUUUGUUUUCUUAUAUCUGGAAUUGGUAUAUUUGUAAGAGCUGUAAGAGCUCUCGUUGUUCAACGCCAUCCUCACGAGUUUGUUGGCAUUGAAAUAAUUGCUGGCGUAAGCUUAGUGUUGUAUUCCAUUUUGUCAUGGUCAAAGAUUGUCAUCGCCGACAAAAUAUCAAGCAGUUCUCUUAAAACUGAUGGUUACAAUUCAUUAGCUGGAGCGGUGCUGUCUUUAGGGAUGCUUAUGAGUUCUUUGGCUUACACUUGGAACAAAUCAAUCUGGUUUUUGGACGCAUCAAUUGCACUUUGCAUUGCAUUAGCACUAGCAGUAUUUGGAAUAAGGCUUCUCAGCCAAAUGUUAGGGAAAGAAGAAAAAACACUAUCAGAUUCGGAUCGAUAUUAGUAUAAUCGCAGAAGAAGGGAUAAACUUAAUAUCAUUUCAUUCAAGUGCAUCAGGAUUUAAGUACACCACAAGUACAAUGAUGGCAACUYUUGUUUCUUCUGAGCUAGCAGACGUUGAUAUUUAACAAUUUUCGAACCUUAGCAUUGAAGUGAGACGUCGGUUGAACCUGUAGUGAUAAUAAGACAAUUAUGUACGGGUACAUUCUAAAGGUCAAUUUCAAUUGUACAUGCUAUGUAUUCUCUCCAAACAUGGGUGGGGGUGUGGCGCUGGGACCUCAAAACCCUGACCCUGUUCCAGAGUGAAAUCGCUGUAAACUAUACCCUGUUCCAGAGUAGAAUCACUGAAAACGAUACCCAGUUCCAGAGUAAAAUCGCUGAAAACGAUACCCCGGUUGGCGCACGUCCCCGUAUAGCGAAUAUAUCCCCCCCCCGGGAUGCUAUGAAACGAAGAAAUUAGGUGGCGAGGUCUAACAGAGUAUAAACAAAUAAUUAUUCUGACAACUGGAAAAUUAGCCUCCUUUAGCAGUCGGGGAGUAGCGUUGCGUGACGACACAGUGGCGGCUGCUAAAGGAGGCUACUGAAAAAUUAGACAUAAAUUAUGCAAUACUUGAAUCGUUGACUCACGACUUGUUGACUCGUGACUCAUGAAAAUUGACUUCUCGACUGUAUGACUUGAAUAUUAGUUUUUAUAAUUCAAAGCCGAUAAUUGUCUUUGCCAAAGAAUUUACAAAAAAAAAAAAAAAAAAAAAAAGAGAAAGCACAAAGAAAUGUUUUCACUAGAAUAGUAUUUAAUAAUUUUAUUAAUAUUUCUUUCUUGGAUCGAAACUAGCUCUCUGUUCCUAAACUUAAGACAAAAGAAAGAUUAGAGGAAGUUAUUGUCUUCUUCAUCCCUUUUAUUCCUGAAGUCUAUUCUCGAUGUGUAUUUUUUAGCUUAUGUCUUUAGCUUAUGUCUUUAGCUUAUGUCUUUUUAGCUUAUGUGUGAACUGCUCUAAAGGCAACGAUAUUUUUCGUGCUUCCUUGUGUUUGGCGUCAAAUAAAAUAUAAAAAUAAAUAAAUAUAGUCAUG